AUGUUCGAAACCAACGCGUACCGCGAGAACGAUGCUGUGGACACGCAUGGCGAGGAGGUGCGCGUUUCCGCGGGAGUAUUCAGGAGCCUGCUUAAGUCGCAGGACGAGAGCGCGCAGAAGGUGGCCCGCUUGGAAACUCUGCUUUUGGAGGCGCUGGCGAAGUCCGAUGGGGGGUCCCGUCGGCGCAAGGCGGAGCGGCAGAGGGAUCCCGGGCAGGGAUGCAUGAACCCAAAGCGCCAGCGUCGCGGCGAGGCAGUGGCAGACGUUGAGGAGGAUGACGAUAAGGAGGAGGACGACGACUACGAGGACAUGGCACAGAUUCGCACGCGUCGGAAGCACAUGCGCUCUGCGAAGUCGCCUGUUCUGCAGCGCGCACUUGAUCUGCUGUCGGCCGACAAGGCUUGGAAGCGCCUAUGCGAGCUGGUCCGAGUGCAGCUGUUCUUGAAGAAGCCGGCCGCAACCAUGACUUUCUAUCCGAGCUCUGACGACAAGACUUAUGGCGUUUGCGCAGUGAUUGACCGCCUGCCGCAUAGCUUCGCGUGCCUUGCGCUUGCCGCGGACAAGUCCCGCCAUGCUGACCUUAACAAGAUGCUAAGCGAGUGGAAGACAAGGGCUGCCGGACGGGUCCGGGACAUUGCGCUCCCUAAGCUUGGAUUCUUCUGUGAUGAGCGCGACGAGGCAAGCCCGUGGGCAAGGGACAACGCACGCUCGCUGGAGCAGAUUCGGGAGCGCAUUGGGCUCGGUGCGGAGGAGAGCGGUAAGCGGUGUUCUGGUGUCGGCACGCAGUUGGCGUGUUGGAAAAAGGUGGCGUUUGUGACAGGUGUAUAG